UGAUUAUGUCCAAGGACUAUCUUUAUUCAUAAACACAAGGAAAUAUCAUCAUACAUGAUUGCCUCUAGGGCAUAUCUCCAACAAGACCGCCAUCCGGAGCUGCCGCCUCAACAUCCCUAUCGCGAGAUACCGUACGCCGCUCACAUCACAAUACACGCAACCACGGUAGGAAGAGCGACGACACUCUAUCUACUCCUAUCCCAACAUCAGUCCCCUAAUCUGGGUAGGCGCCUCCACCCUUGGAGGCACCAGCACGUGCGUCCCCAGCCAAUGUCCGGUGGACUGGGGGGGGGGCACGAUUCUUAGACUAUCGACGGCCGUCGGCGAGCCAACCUCGAGCCCAUGGCUAGGCGAGCUCACAUGACGCCAUGCCCAUGGUCACCAGCACUAAUCCGUUCACCAACCAACGGUAUCCCGACCACCGCCGUUGACCACCGCACCCACGAGGAGAGCAAAAGCACCACCCGCGAGCACACCCCGGACCGAACCCACCUCACUACCCGGAGCAAGAGCUCCGAUCCGCCUCGGGCCCAAAUCCAGUAUACCCGAGCAUAAACCCUAAAUCGUAGCAGCCGCGACGAGCUCGCCGCCGGCUCGUACCUAGGAGAAGGAAGGCACUCACCGCCACUCGCACCCCACCAGCAAGGAACAAACGCCGUGCCACACCGACACCCACGACCCGUGCACCCCCAGGCCGCCACCAGCACACCAACCCAGCACACCGAAGAACCCUAGCCAUGGCCAGCACCAGCCAUUAGAGGGGAGCCCCAAGCAGGGCUGGCAACUGCCGCCGGAGGGCAGCCCCGCGCCACCCAGGUCACUGGCGACCAGAUCGAGGCAUGCGGCCGCCUCAGGCGCGCCCGAGCGGCCAUCCAUGCGGCCACCAGGGACAUAGCGGGCGUGCGGCACACACGGGAGCCUGCAGUCGCAGCCCGAGCAUGCGCCAUCAUGCCCCGCCAACCGCCGAGAAGACCGCCCGCGUCAAUCCCACCAACAGAGCGGAGAGAGGCCCGCCGCCACCGACACCAAUUGGGCUUUGCCCGGCGACGACGAGGAGGGAGGAGGGUCGUGGGCCCCGCAGCGCUAGGGUUUUCCCCCGGUCUCCUGCGGUAGGGGUGGGUCGGGGCGUGAUCCUAGCUGUAACCCCUUCUAGACAGCUCCGUACAUCAUUGUACAUGCCCUGACGCUCCCUUUACACUGUUUGCUGGUACACGCAGAUGACAUUUGCGAGAUUUAUAAAUUCAUAUUUGUCCCCCCCCCCAAAAAAAUUCAUAUUUGUCUCUCGCAGUUCCAGUCACGUGCUCAGCCGUGUAAUGUUUGUGAGCGUUGGUCAAUGGAUGGCGUGCCUUGCUUGUAGUCGUACCUUACUGUGUUAGGAUGCUAAGAAUAAGACACUCCGCAUGAAAGAGAUGUCAAAUUUUCACAUCAGUGUUACGUAUUAACCACUGACAUCUUUGAAAGAAAGCAGACAUUUUAACCAUUUUGAUCAACUGAAAUGGCCGCCGACUCCAGCAGUGGUAAAACUGAUGAUGGCAAGAUCGGCGCUGCGAGUGCUGAACGGAAUGAGUUGCCACUGCAACUAUUGAGGAAUAUUACGGGUCAGUUCUCUGAGGAGCGAAGACUUGGCACUGGUGCAUUCGGAACAGUUUAUAAGGGAAUUCUAGAAGAUGGCGAAGUGAUUGCCGUGAAUAAACUUGCGGAAAAUUCGCCAGUGGCACGUGACAAAGCGUUUACUGACGAGGUUCAAAAUCUUAUGGCCCUCAAAAAUGAAAAUGUGCUCCCCUUGGUUGGCUAUUGCUAUGAAGGACAAAAGGAAGUGGUGUUUAACAAUGGAAAAUAUAUUGCUGCAGACAUCUUUCAAAGUUUACUCUGCUAUGAAUAUUUACCUGAAGGAACCCUUCAGAGGAAUCUUUUUGAUAUCGACUGUAAAAUGGACUGGGAGACACGAUUCAAAAUAAUUAAAGGGGUUUGCAAGGGUUUACUCUUUCUACAUAGCAUUCCUAUUGUUCAUAUGGAUCUCAAGCCAGAAAACAUAUGGUUGGAUAAUUACAUGCGGCCGAAAAUUGCGGAAUUCGGUCUCUCGAGAAUCUUCGGUCAAGAACAAACACGGAUGAAUGCACAAAAUAUCGUGGGAUCAUAUGGAUACAUAGCUCCAGAAUAUCUAUACAGAGGUGAAAUCUCCACCAUGUCAGACAUUUACAGUUUAGGCCUACUCAUCAUGGAGACCAGCACAGGAGAGAAAAAUUGUCCCGGGAAUGAACCAUCUGCAGUGAAAUUUAUUAAAAAUGUACGCGAUAAUUGGACAGAGGAGCGCAUAGCCUCAGAGUACCCGUCACUAGAUCCAGAUUGCCUCAAGCAAAUAAAAGCAUGCAUCAACAUUGGACUGGAGUGUGUGGAGAUUGGUCGGCGCAAGAGACCAUCCAUAGAAAAAAUUAUGGACACGCUCAACAGACUUUCGCAGGUAGACUCCAAUAACGUUCUCAGCCUGCAACCCCAACGGAUAAACUUCCCUAUUGGGCCAAAGAGGUUGACCUCCAGCUCGCUUUACCUAAUAAACAACAGAGAUGAUCGUAUUGCCUUCAGGCUUGAAACCAAAUUCCCAAGGAGGUACCUUACAAAGCUACCAUUGUGUGGCGUUGUCCCGCCAAAGUGCACCUACAUUCUCACUGGUUUGAUACUACAAAGCAGUAUUGCACACCAUGAGGACCUCGACAGUGUCGACCCAGCUUCCGUGGCCAUGUUCCUUGACACCGCCGGUGAUGAGGUGCAAGAGGCAAAAGUUGAGGUUGCUUGCGAACCACUAGUUGAAACUAUCUCUAACGACCAGAUCAUAGACGGUCCUAAUUACCGGGAGGUGUUGUCUGUAGAUGUCCAUCCAACAGAACCAUGGAUCUUGACGAGCAACAAGAGGGGUCAUGUUUGCAUUUGGAACUACCAAACUCAGGCAGAGGUGAACUCCAUUGAAGUCACUAGAGAAUCAGGCAUGCUUCCUAACACUAUUCACCUUUCUUACAAAUAACUUGGCCUCGUCAUGAACUUUUUAGAACUUCAAACCAGUAGCAGUGAUCACCUACGAGAACUACAGUUUUGAUAUUAUCUUGCCCGUUGCAGUAUAUUCUGCAAAAUUCAUUGAACGAGAGGGAUGGUUUGUGGUUGGUGGUGAUGACGGGUGCAUCUAUGUGUACAAUUAUAAUACCAUGAAAGAAGUUUACAUGAUCGAAGAAGCUCAUGAUGAUCGCAUCAUGUGUCUGGUGGUGAAUCCAACUCAUUCAUUUCUGCUGUCAGCGUCUGAUGACCACAAGAUUAAGCUUUGGGACUGGGCGAACGAAUGGCAGUGUACCCGAACUUUUGAGGGGCAUGAUGACACAGUCACACAAGUAAUGUUUAACCCGAGGCACAGCGAAAGCUUCGCGAGUGCUUCCUUGGAUCACACAGUCAAGAUCUGGAAUAUUCACUCUGAAACUUGCAACAUCACGUGGGAUGAGCAUCCGGAUGGUGUACUCUCUGUUCAUUACCACCCACGGUAUUUUCAGCAGUCUUUGAUUUGUGGAUCUUCAGAUGGUGACGCAAAGAUCUGGGACCUAGAGACGGACAGUUGCGUCGAUACGCUCGAAGGACAUGAAAAGGGUAUCAAUGCUCUUUGUUGGCACCCAGAACUUCGGGCACUAGUUACUGGAUCGCUUGAUGGGACCGUGCGAAUCUUGAGCUGGAUGUGUCAUAGCAAUACAUACAAGUACUUAUUUCUACUUAUGUACAGCCUUACACCAAGAUAAUGCAGACUCGAUCUUAGUCAGAUGAUAUAGAUUAACUUUUAUUUGGCCUGUUUCUCCAAAAAGCAUUUGAUGGACGCAUCAAAGUGAUUAUUGCCUAGAAAGAGGGUUUCCCCUCCAAUUUCCAUACAGGAUGGAAACAAACAGUACAAAGUUCGGAGCAACAAAUAAAAAGAAAGACAUUCAGAGAUUUUUAACACCAGACCAGAGAAACAAAAGCCCUUGUCUGAAAGUAAAUUGUCCCAUGUGUAGAAAGUUAUGGAAGCGUCUCAAUCUCCAUACAUGGAGACCCGCAGAUAUAUAUUGAUUGAUGAGGAGUUACAGAGGGAGGCGCAGCCGUGGCUAACAGCCAGAGAUAUUACAUGAGUUGGGAUAGAGAGGUUUAAACAGAAAUAUCUCUAACUAGUCUAACCUCUCGAUAUCUUAACUUGAUACUCAAGUCUGCGCCUAUAUGUUGUUACACGUGACAAUGUAAUGUCUAACACCUUCUCUUAAUCUAAGCUUUGUAAGUUUAGAUUACGCUUGAACUCUUCAAACGGUCCUGUAGCCAAGGCCUUUGUGAAACCAUCUGCAACUUGAUCUUUUGAAGGAACAAACUGGAUCUCCAACUCCUUGCUUGCAACCCUUUCUCGAACAAAGUGAUAAUCAAUCUCAAUAUGCUUAGUUCUUGCAUGAAAGACAGAAUUAGCAGAGAGAUAUGUGGCACCAAGAUUGUCACACCAAAGACAUGGAGUUUGUAUGUGACAUAUUCCAAGCUCCUUAAGCAUAGAUUUAACCCAUAUAAUUUCGGCUGUUGCAUUGGCCAACGCCUUAUAUUUCGCCUCAGUACUUGACCUAGAGACAGUUGCCUGUUUCUUGGUACACCAUGAGAUGAGAUUAGGUCCAAAGAAAACUGCAAACCACCUGUGGACCGUCAGUCAUCCAGACAACCUGUCCAGUCAGAAUCAGAAAAUGCACUAACAAGUGUUGAGGAUGACUUGCUGAAAGUGAGUCCAACACCCAAGGUGUGCUUUACAUAUCUCAAGAUGCGUUUGGCAGCAGCCCAAUGGGCUGAAGUAGGUGCAUGAAGAAACUGACACACUUUACUGACUGCAAAAGAAAUAUCAGGCCUGGUGAGUGUCAAGUACUGGAGUGCACCUACCAAACUCCUGUACUUGGUGCCAUCCUCUGGAUUCAGAGGAACCCCCUCGGCAAGAGACAAUCUUUCUGAGCUGGAGAGUGGUGUUGGAGAUGGUUUACAGCCCUGCAACCCAGCCUUGUUCAAAAGAUCAGAUGCAUAUUUUUCCUGAGAGAGAUGAAGGCCACCUUCUGCAUUCCUUUUGAUCUCAAUACCAAGAAAAAUAGUGAAGAUCUCCAAGAUCCUUAAGAGCAAACUCUGAGUUCAAAUCUUUCAAAAGAGCUGUGAUUGCCUCAUUUGAUGAACUAGUGACAAUGAUAUCAUCCACAUAAAUGAGUACAAAGAUAGCUAUCUGUGACUUAUUGUAAAUGAACAGGGA